AUGAAACUCGGCUCAGUUCUGCUUCUGCUGCUCCUUCUGGGGAUGUGCUCGGCCUACACCUAUCAAAAUGUGGCCUUGCGUGGAAAAGCCACCCAGUCAGAUCGUCUUGGGAACCUGUACGGAGCUGCCUCUAACGCUAUUGAUGGAAACCGUGAAUCCAACUAUGAUGCUGGAUCGUGCACCCACACUGUAUCACAGGCCAACCCCUGGUGGAGAGUGGACCUGCUGGAAACCUACAUCGUCACCUCCGUCGUCAUCACCAACAGAGGAGACUGCUGUCCAGAACGGCUCAACGGAGCUGAGAUCCACAUCGGCAACUCUCUUCAAGAUAAUGGUGCCGCAAACCCAGUGGCUGCUGUAAUUUCACACAUCCCAGCAGGCAGGUCUUUAAAAAUUACCCUUACCAGACGUGUGGAGGGACGUUACGUCACUGUGGUUCUACCUGGUUUAGGAAGGGUCCUCACGCUCUGUGAAGUGGAAGUCUAUGGGUACCGGGCCCCAACUGGAGAGAACCUGGCCCUCCAAGGAAAAGCGUCACAGUCGUCAGUGAUUCCUAAAGGCAAUGCAAACAAUGCCGUAGACGGGAAUCGUGCCAGCUACUGGAGCGAGGGUUCUUGCAGUCACACAGACAUCACCAUGACCCCCUGGUGGCGACUGGACCUCGGCAAAACACACAAAGUUUUUUCUGUAAACGUAACCAACUACAAAGAUGAGCCAUUUAGACUUAAUGGAGCUGAGAUCCGAAUUGGAGAUUCUCUUGAAAACAAUGGCAACAACAAUCCCAGGUGUGCUGUGAUCUCAAGCAUCACUGGAGGUUUCACUGAAACCUUCGAGUGCGACGGGAUGGACGGUCGAUACGUUAACAUCGUCGUUCCUGGAAGAAGCGAGUACCUGGUCCUGUGUGAGGUGGAGGUGCACGGCUCCAGACUGGAUUAGGUCUGAGGAGCAUCAAAUUUAUAACAACGACAGUUUAAGAUUCACUUCAACACUGAUGGAGGGAAAAAAUUAUGAAUACUGACUAACAGGUUGAUGGUUUU